CAUAAUAUUUUCCUGGUCGUUGAAACAUGUUGAUAUUAUAUUUGCACUAGAUUUUAUUAUUCAACCGAUAGCACAAUCAAGUCUGUAUUAUUGAAUCCUAUUAUUUUAAAAACUAUUUAACAGAGGAGUGUUUACAAUUUUGCACAUUCUGUCUGGAGACAUGAUGGGGACAAGAAGCUUUAUACGAGCAAUUGGUCUGUUCCUUUGUUUAACAAGUGCCGGCGCUGAUGUUAACUAUAACGCUGUGUUAAACGUACACGACUCGUGCGGAACAACUCACUCAACUGAUGUUAAACCAAAGGACUGUACAGAACUGCAUCACUUCCAGAAACAGUCGGGUAUCCACACAAUAUAUCCUGACCGCGCAAUGCCGACAGGGUUUAACGUGAGCUGCGAUAUGGACAUUGACGGCGGCGGGUGGACUGUGAUACAGCGCCGUGUCUCGGACACAGACUUCUACAAGACGUGGAGCGAGUAUCAAACGGGUUUUGGUGAUCUAGCUAACAACUUCUGGCUGGGAAACCAAAAGAUUUCUAUGAUCACUUCACAAGGCUGGUACGAACUUAGAAUUGACCUGAUGGCUACAAAUGGAAGCAUGCGCUACGCCAAUUACGAAGUAUUUUCAGUGGGUGAUGCACAAAGCGAGUACACUUUAUUUGUCGGCGGUUACUCUGGAAAUGCUAAUGAUGGCAUGGCUCACCACAAUGGAAUGAAGUUUUCUACAAAGGAUCGAGAUAACGAUAAUAAUACCGCUAAUUGUGCUGAGUUGUUCAAAGGUGCCUGGUGGUACAACACCUGUCAUGAUUCUAAUCUGAACGGAGAUUUUGGAAAUACGGAAUUUGGUCAAGGCAUUAACUGGGAACAUUGGCUCGGGAAUAAAGUUUCUCUUUUGAAAGCCGAUAUGAAAAUUAGGCGUCAAAUUUAAUAUUGACGCAGUUUAAACGCCACAAGAUUUCAAUAUUUUCCCAAUACAUUACACGCAGAAGAUAUAUAAAUUCUGAUUAAAUUUCCUCAAGAAAGCGAGGAAUCAAUGAGAAAUGUUUUGAUUUUUCUAUCAUGAGCAUACAUGUUAAACAAUUCAUCCUACUCCAGUGUCACAACUAAUACAACAUUUCCGAAAUAUAUCUGCAAAAGGCUUUCGAGUAGAUAUAGAUUUCAUCUCUUUUUUUGUUUUUCAUGUUUUUUUUGUUUUUGUGUUCUUUGUCUUUGGCGUUUACCCUGUGCCAUUAAACGGGGUUUAUUUUUUAAACCUUUGGCGACUGAGCUUGUUUCUGUAGUUUUUCAUAUCUAUUGUAACCUUUCAACUGUCUAUUUUAUAUUUUCAUCAUAACGAACAACUGACAUUAUGAACGGUUCUCUGUAUUAUAUCUGAAUGAUUUACAUCGAUUUGAACAUUAUAAUAUCUAAGCUGUCUAAAAGAAUGUAAACACAAAAUAACCAUUUUGCCAUGACGUUACUCCGAACGCUACUCCUAUUUCGAUACGGAACAUGGUCAAGGCAUAAACUUGGAAUAUUGACUAUGGAUUUUUAUCUCUCUUGUAAGGGCUGAUGUUAAAAUAAGGUGUACAAUUUAAUAUCGACGCAUCUUAAACGCACACGGUUGCAAAGCUAUUUCCCAAAGCAUUACACACAGAAGACAAGGUAUUAAUUUAACAAGUGUUUUUGUUUCGUUGUAAGACAAGACCUUAAAGGAAUUCGUUCAAAAAAAAAAAAAAUUUAAAUUUUGUUAAAACAAUCGCUUUGCAGCAAAAUAGAGCGUUUUGUGCAACAUUUUUCAAUAUACACGUAAUGCCAACAAAAAACUUUUGAUUUUUUUUUUGUUACAAGCAUAUUUUUUCAAAUAUCACACGAAAUAAUUGUUUUCCAUGCCUGAAUUGAUAACACGUGAACGAUUUCAUUUUAAAGACAACACUCUGGAUUACAAUGACCAAUCAGUAAGAGAACUACAAAUGCAUGCUUUAGAUCGUAUGUUGUGUUUUGUUCAUUGUUCUUUGUAUUUACUGUAAGAAUAAAAUAAGCAUAUAAUCUUA